AUGGCCACACCAACGCCGCUUGCCAUUGUUGGCAUGGCAUGCCGCACAUCCGGUGAUGUGAGGACUGUCGACGAGUUUUGGACAAUGCUGUCCCGAUCCCGACACGGCUCGGGCCCCAUCCCAAAGAACAGAUAUAACGCCGAGGCCUACUAUCACCCGAAUCCUCAAAAGAAGGGCACCUUCAACCAAGUUGGAGGCUACUUCAUCGACAGAGAUUUCUCCGUCUUUGAUGCACCCUUCUUCAAUAUUACCAAGCAAGAAGCGAGCUCCAUGGAUAUAAACCAGAGACAACUGCUCGAAUGCACAUACGAAGCCCUAGAAAAUGCCGGUCUUCCCAAGGGAAAGAUCUCUGGCGAGAAGAUGGGUGUCUUCAUCGGAACAAAACGAGCCGAUUAUCGUACAGGUAGUCUGCAAGACCUCAACCAAGUCGAGAUGUUCGAGGCGACGAGUGGCCACAGCUCCAUCCAGGCUGGUCGCAUAUCAUACUACUUCAAUCUCAAUGGCCCGUCUUUCUCCGUCGACACGGCUUGCUCUUCGAGUCUGCACGCCAUGCAUGCUGCAGUGCAAAGCAUCCGAAGUGGCGACUGCAGCUCUGCCAUUGUUGCUGCCAGUAACCUCUACAUGAACCCGGACGAUCUGAUCCAAAUGUCCAUGCUUGGUCUCUUCACCCCAACCGGUAAGACCUACGCUUUCGAUCACAGAGGCAAAUCUGGCUUCGCAUGUGGUGAGGGCGUUGGCUGCAUUGUCAUCAAGCCCCUUGACCAGGCGCUUCGCGACAACGACAAAAUUCGCUCCAUCAUUGUCAACACUGGAAUCAACCAGGACGGCAAGACCGUCGGCCUGACUUCACCAAGUGCUAAGCAACAAGAGAACCUCAUGCGAGACGUCUACGCUCGUGCCAACAUCAGCCCAAAAGACGUUGGAUUCGUUGAAGCUCACGGCACGGGUACCAAGGUCGGCGAUCCCCUGGAGGCCACUGCAAUUCACAAUUUCUUUGGCGAGGGUCGCACUAAGCGCGCUCCUCUAUACCUUGGCUCAGUCAAGACCAACAUCGGCCAUCUGGAAAAUGCCAGUGGCUUGCUUUCCGUCAUCAAGUCGACUCUGAUGCUGGAGCGCAGCUUUAUCCUGCCCAACACCAACUUUGAGAAAGCCAAUCCUGCCAUCCCGCUUGAUGAAUGGAACAUCAAGGUCCCUACCACCAUUCGCCCCUGGCCCAAAGGCAAGCGGUUUAUCAGUAUCAACAACUUCGGCUUCGGUGGCUCCAACGCUCAUGUUGUCCUGGAAAAGGCGCCUCUGUCUCAGGUUGCCAAGGAUCUUGCUAUUGAAGCAAACGACAACCAAGUUGUGCCCAGACUUUUUGUCAUGUCUGGUAAUGAUGAAGGGGCUGCAAAGCGCAAUGCCACGGCUAUUGGUAUCUACACAGAGCAGCAUCCUGAGGUGUUCCAGAAGCGUAUUAUUCGGGAUAUGGCGUACACAUUGGGUGAGCGUAGAACUCACCAUAGCUACCGCCUGGCUUUCACUUGCUCUAGCUUUGAUGAGCUGGUGUCUACCUUGAACUCCGAGGCAAUGAUUCCUACCGUCGCAACCACUGAUCCCUUGAAGCUGGCAUUUGUCUUUACCGGCCAAGGUGCCCAGUGGCCGCAGAUGGGCAAGCAGCUCCUCAACACACACCCCAUCUUUGCCGAGACUGUCAAGACUGCCUCGGACUACUUGGAAAGCAUCGGCGCCGAAUUUUCUUUGAUGGAAGAGCUGGUACGCGAUAAGAGCGAAUCUAUCGUUGGACUCGCCCAUAUCUCGCAGCCGAUCUGCACUGCUGUCCAGCUUGGACUUGUUGAGCUGUUGAAGACUUGGAAUGUCAAGCCCUCUAUGGUCAUCGGCCACUCUUCUGGAGAAAUGGGGGCUGCAUACGCUGCCGGUGCUAUCACCCUGAAGGAAGCGAUGGCCGCUGCAUACUACCGUGGCCAUUAUGCUGCACAGAUGAAGCAACGCAAUCCAGACCUUCGCGGUGCAAUGCUGGCAGUCGGCGCUGGCCCUGCUGAAGUCAAGGGAAUCAUCAAGUCUAUGGGACUUUCUGGCGUAACUGUCGCCUGCGAGAAUUCCCCCGAUUCCAUCACUGCUUCUGGUGACGAGGCUGACGUUGACACCCUCGCUGCAGAACUGGAACAGCGCAGCAUGUUCAAUCGCAAGCUUCGUGUUGAGAUGGCGUACCACUCUCCUCACAUGAAACUUGUUGCCGACGACUACUUAUCUGCUAUUCAUAGCAUGAACCCCAUCCCCACUGAAGGAGUAGAGUUCUAUUCCUCGCUUUUGGGCGCUAAGCUUGACAAUACUGCUGCUCUCGGUGGCCAGUACUGGGUCGACAACCUGACAAACCCUGUCCGUUUCUCGUCCGCUUUUGCCGAGCUUUACAACAGCGGUAAGCCGGAUGUUGUUGUCGAACUGGGCCCGCACGCUGCUCUGGAGGGACCCAUCAAGCAAAUUCUCAAGGGAAUCAGCCCACAGGCGGCUACCAAUGCGAAAUACUUCUCUGCCUUGAUGCGCAAUCAAGAUGCGACCACCACCGCUGUGAAGUUGGCCGGCAACCUUUGGAGCAGAGGCCAUCCUAUUGACUUUUCUGCCGUUAAUCUGACCUUGCCAAGCCAAGAAAGCCCUUCUCUGAUCUCCGACAUGGCACCUUAUUCCUGGUCGCAGCACCAGUACUGGGCGGAGUCCCGCGCUGGGAAGAAUCGACGCCUCAAGCCAUUCCCACGUCAUGACUUGCUGGGCAUCCUGGAUGACUUUUGCAACGAAGACGAGCCAACUUGGAAGAGUGUCAUCACUACAGAUGACAUUCCCUGGACGAAGGACCACAAGAUGCAGGGCUUGCCCACGUUCCCACUCUCUGGCUACAUCACUAUGGCAACUGAGGCGGCUUCACAGCGUGCUCAGCUCCGUGGUACUGCACCUGAGGAUGUUUCUGCUUUCCGUAUGCGUGACAUCAAGGUCACCAAAGCAUUGAUCUUGGACGAGAAUAGCACCUACGACCUUCGAUUUAGUCUCAAAGCAUACGCCGAGGGUCUGGGCUCCUACUCAGAUGAAUGGGACGCAUUCCAUAUCUCUUCGUGGACCCAGUCACGCGGAUGGCUAGAGCACUGCCGUGGUCUUGUCGGCAUCAAAAAGAAGAGCUCUGCCAACCUCAUUCGACCUGUUACUUACGAUGCCGCUCUGCGUCGUAAGGCGCUCGUUGAAAACAGCGAUGCCACCAGCAUUGAUGUUGAGCAAUUCUACAGUGAACUGGAGGUCAAGGGUGCUGGCUACACUGGUAGCUUUGACAGCAAGGAAAAUGGAAGCCUUCGCGUGUUUAAGAACAUGUCGAGCUGCUCGAUUACUCUGAAGGAUACUGCUGAGUGCAUGCCCUACCAGUAUGAAACCAAGACCAUCGUCCCCAGCGCCUUCCUGGAUACCGUGUUUCAAUCCGUUUUCCUCAACCUCGGCGCUGGUCGUGGCGAUAUGCCUCACUUGUUUAUGCCUGCCGCCGUCAACGAGCUUGAGAUCACCCCCGAGUCUCCCAACACUGUCGGGGAAAUUGUCCAAGUCGUUACCCAAUGCCCUGAAACUAUGCCUGCUGGUGCUGUGGAUUUCAAUAUUGAUGUCUGGCAGAAGAGUCCCACGGCACCUGUCAUCUCCGUUCGUGGAUUCAUGAUGAAUCCUUUGUAUGGCGAUGUCUUUGAAGGCCAAGAGCCUCGCUCUUUGUGCUACGAUGUUAAAUGGGAGUCUCUCACUGAGCAGAAGUCGAAAGACAUUGCGCCAGAGACGGCCGCUAACGGCCACACCAAUAGCCACGCAAACGGCCACGCUAAUGGUAAGGCCAACGGCCACGCGAACAGUGAGACCAAUGGUCUCGCUAAGGGCCAUGCCAAUGGUCAUACCAACGGCGAGGCCAAUGACAGUGCCAACGGACACACCAAUGGCGAUGUUAACGGACAUGCCAAUGGCCACGCCAACGGUGAGGCCAAUGGCAGUGCCAACGGACAUACCAAUGGCCACGCCAACGGCGAGCUUAAUGUCCUCGUCAAGGGCCAUAUCAACGGCGAUGCCAACGGACACACCAACGGAAACACCAAUGGCGAUGCUAACGGACAUGCCAAUGGCCACGCCAACGGUGAGGUUAAUGGCCACGCCAAGAGCCAUACCAAUGGCCACACCAAUGGCCACACCAACGGUCAUACCAACGGUCAUACCAACGGUCAUACCAACGGGCACACCAACGGUCACACCAAUGGAUACACCAAUGGGCAUACUAAUGGGCAUACUAAUGGGCAUACUAAUGGCCAAACCAACGGCCAUACCAAUGGACACACCAAUGGGCAUACUAAUGGUCACACCUAUCUGAACAGAGUUGACCUGAGUGAGACUCCCAUCACCAUUAUCUGUGAUGCUGGAGCGACACCUCUGGCUUCGGCACUGGCUGAUCUCAUCGAGCUCCAAACCGGUGGCCAGAUGCCGAAGAUCACUUCCCUCGCUGACGUGGAGAUAUCCUCUUCUACGAGAUACAUCUGCCUGAACGAGGUCGAGAGCCCUGUUCUACACAACAUGGAUGGCGCUACUUUUGCUCACAUUCAGAAACUUCUUCUGAACUGCUCAUCCAUGCUCUGGGUUGGUACUGGCGCGUACCACACUGCGACGACUCCCUUGAAUAAUCUCGCCCAAGGUAUGAUGCGCACCAUUCGUUCCGAAUCUAGCAAAAUUGUCGGAACCAUGGAUCUUCACCCAAAGUCAACCCUCCAGUCCGUUGAUCAAGCCCAAUUGGUCAUUACUGCCAUGAAGACGACCCUGGAAACCCCAGAGGAUGACGCCCCCGUGGACUUUGAGUUUGCUGAGAAGGAUGGCAAGCUGUUUGUGCCUCGUGUCUACAACCAAACCGACGUUGAUCUCGAGCUCUUCCGCGCGACUCAGCCAUCUCGUCCUUACGCUCAAAACUUUUCCCAGCCGGGACGCCGUCUCAAGCUGGCUGUUGGCACCUACGGCGCCCUUGAUUCCCUUUACUGGAAGGAUGAAGAGGAGUAUGUGCUCGGCGAAGAUGAAAUUGAGAUCAAGGUGGCUGCCACGGGUAUGAACUUCAAGGAUGUUGUCAUUGCCAUGGGCCAGCUGGCUAGCCCGUAUCUUGGAGUUGAAUGCUCUGGUACCGUUUCGCGCAUGGGCUCCAACGUCACCUCGCUCAAGCUUGGCGACCGCGUUUGUGCCAUGACUCAUGGUGCCUAUGGAACCUACGCUCGUUGUCCCGCAACCAGCGCAGGUAUCAUUCCUGAAGGUAUCUCCUUUGAAACCUCUGCGUCUAUUCCUGUUGUGUACUGCACCGCCUACUACGGUCUUGUUGAUUUGGCUCGCCUGGAACCUGGUGAGAAGAUUCUCAUUCAUGCUGCCUCUGGUGGUGUCGGUCAGGCCGCCAUUCAGCUUGCACAAAUGAUCGGCGCAGAGAUCUUCGCCACAGUCGGCAGCCUUGAUAAGAAACAGCAUCUUAUUGACGAGUAUGGCAUCGCUGAGGAUCACAUCUUCUAUAGCAGAGACACCUCUUUCGCUCCUGCCCUCCGAGAUGCCACUGGAGGCAAGGGAGUGGACGUUGUCAUCAACUCGCUUGCUGGUGACCUGCUGCGGGAGACUUGGUCUUGCCUUGCUCCCUUUGGCCGGUUCAUUGAGAUUGGAAAGCGAGACAUCAACUCCAACACCAGAUUGGAGAUGGCCAAGUUUGAAUGGAACUGUACCUUUAGCUCUGUGGAUCUGACCAAGGUCGGUGACUUCAGACCCAAGAUCAUGGGCCGCAUUUUCCGUGAUGUUAUGGACCUGCUGGGCAAGAAGACGAUCAAACCCAUUGGUCCAAUUACGAGUGUCAGCAUCAGCGAGGUCGAGUCGGCCCUGCGUAAACUGCAGAGCGGCAAGACAACUGGCAAGGUGGUGGUCAACCAUGAGCUUGACGGACAAGUCAAUGCCACCCAUCCCGAGCCAAAUGCGGGCUUACUUAAGGCCGAUGCUACGUACAUCAUCAUCGGUGGUACCGGUGGUCUCGGUCGCUCCAUGUCCAAGAGAAUGGUGCAGCGGGGUGCGAGAAACAUCGUUCUGCUUUCUCGGAGCGGUACCAUGACACCAGAGCUGGAGAAUCUCAGUGCGGAAUGCGAGACCUUUGGCGCCAAGAUUCAUGUCAUGCCGUGCGAUGUCGCGGACCAGGCCAAGGUCAGUGAGCUCAUUGCAACUCUGAACAGCUCGCUGCCUCCUAUUCUCGGUGUCAUCCAUGCUGCUAUGGUGCUGCGUGACACUCUGUUUGAGAACAUGUCGUUUGAAGAUUACGAGGCUGUUGUCCGCUCCAAAGUCUCGGGGGGUUGGAACUUCCACAACGCUCUUCUCAGCGCCCCUCUGGACUUCUUCAUUGUUCUCUCGUCGGUGGCUGGCAUUGUCGGCAACCGUGGCCAGGCCGCCUACGCCGCUGCCAACACAUUCCUCGAUGCCCUGACGGUCCAUCGUCGUCAGCUUGGCCUUGCUUCCACAUCGCUCAACUUGACGGCAGUUGAAGGCGUCGGCUACUUGGCAGAGAACUCUGCCAAGCAGUCCGAGGUCCUGAAGAACCUGUCAGGCAGCACUAUGGGCGAAAGCGAAGUGCUUGCUCUCGUCGAGGCAUCCAUUGAUGGCAAGGUUGGAACCUUUAGCAACGACCAGGCAAUCACUGGUCUUGACCUUAGCGACGCCAGCAACUUCCCUUACUAUGCUGCUGACGCCAAGUUCAAGCCUCUGCGUGACGCCGCGCUCGCUGCCAGCGCUGCUGCGGGAGGCGCGGACGGCGCAGCCAACAUUCCUCUCGGCAAGAAGCUUGCCAAGAUCACUACCGUGGACGAAGCUGUCGAGCUCGUAAGCACUGGCUUGCGUGAGAAGCUGGGUGCUAUUUUGAUGCUGCAUCCGGAUGUCAUGGCUGCCAGACAGGCCACCACCACUAUUACAGCCUUUGGUUUGGAUUCGUUGAAUGCCAUUGAGCUACGCAACUGGAUUGGAAAGGAGCUACAGGCACACUUGCAGGUGCUGGAGCUAUUGACCAGCGGAACCAUGUCUGAUCUUGCUUCGCAGAUUCUGCGCAAGAGCAGGAUCCAGGGUGUCUGGACAGAGGAGAAGACUGCAUAA